AUGGCAGCCAAAACCACAAAAUUUAGGGUGGCGGCGGUGCACGCGGCGCCCGUCUUCAUGGACAAGGCGGCAACAAUCAGAAAAGUCACCGGGCUGAUAGAACAAGCGGCAGUUGACAACAUCAAGUUGCUCGUCUUCCCUGAGACAUUCAUCCCUGGCUACCCCUACUGGAUCGAAUGCUAUCCGCCAUUGAAGCAGGUGGGUGCACUGGCUAAAUACGCCGAGGAAAGCGUCGUAGUCGAGAACAAUGGAGACGACAUGGGCGCCAUCCAGGACGCCUGCCGGUCGGCGGGAGUUGCCAUCAACCUGGGCAUUUCGGAGCGCAUAGCUGGCGGCUACACGCUGUUCAACUCGCAGGUCACCAUUGACAGCGACGGGACCAUUCUGGGCGUCCACCGCAAGCUGCAGCCCACGUAUGUCGAGCGCGUGGUUUGGGCCCAGGGCAACGGCAGCACCCUGCGCAACUGGCCGCUCUCGCUGGGCUACAACCUCGGCGGGCUGGCCUGCUGGGAGCACACCAUGAACGGGGCGCGCCAGGCGCUGCUGAUGCAGAACCAACACAUCCACGCGGGCGCGUGGCCCGCCCUGUCGACGAUGGCUGGGUUCGAGGCGGUCGCGGACGCGCAGAUCGAAGCGCUCAUGAAGGCGCACGCCCUGACGGCGCAAGUGUUUGUGAUUACAGCGUCCAACUUUGUCGAUGACACAUGUCUGGACUGGAUGAGGGACAACCUUGGCGAGCAGGAGUUUGUUAAGGCUGGUGGAGGCUGGUCGUCAGUGCUGCACCCUUUCUGUUCAUUCCUCGCGGGCCCACACACGGGCGCCGAGGAGAAGCUGAUACAGGCCGAGAUUGACCUGUCGCAGCUGGCGGCAGUCAAAGUCUGGGUCGACGGUGCCGGGCACUAUCAGCGGCCCGAGAUUCUGCAGUUCAGCUUUGAUGCUAAGCCGCACUGGGCUGAUGAGAAGCGAGAUCGAUUUAAGCGGCGGGCGGAUGACAAGUCCGUUGAGGAGGAAACGACGAAGUGA